AUUCUCCCUAAAGGUUCCGUAAGAGCCGGCCUCGCGCAGCCAUUUGCUUCUCCGAGGCGCAACUGAGGAGACCAGCGAACGCCGCACUUACCCGACAUGGAAACCGGAAGAAGGCUCAGAAGGGCCAAGCUAGACAUUGGCUACGACGACGGCCAGUUUGCGUAUCGAAGCAAGCUAAGUCUCUACCCGACUCCGCCGCGCGGACGCGUCACCUUGGAGGAGUUCGAAACCUACGCUCUGGCGAGACUUCGAGCGUUGAGGGAAAUAGAGUCCGCUGUGUCCAAUCACCAGACGGCCAAAAGGGAUGGCCUGAUCCAGGCUGUCCGAAAAAUAUUGAAAAGCUAUUUACCCCUGUCUCAUCCCGAAGACGAUGACUACCAAGAGAACAUUCGACGAGACGUGAUCUCUCAUUUCGUGCUUCGCCUGGCGUUUAGGUCCCCGAAAGACAGAGCGUGGUUUGUGCAGUGGGAGGCGAAGCUGCUGAGUUUUCGGAUUGAGAUGGAAAGGUCGGAGGCGAACGUGGUCGGCGAGUUUUUGCUGCAAAGCCAAGACUUGCGAUUCGACCCGGUUCCCAUGGACGAGAAAAAAAGUCUGUUGGAUCAAUUGGUGAAAACCUGUCAAUCCUGCAGUAACUUCCACGGCGCGAAUAAGCCAUCUCAGGAGCAGGUGCUGAACACGCAGCACUACCGCGUGCCAUUCGCAAAGGCAAUCGAUUUGGUCGCCGCGCGCAAGGUUUAUUUAGCGAACGGAUACGCCUUCGUACGGGAAGACGACCUGAUCAAUUUGAUUCUCAACGCGUACAAAGACCGCCUUUACCAGGACCUAGAGCUCGCAUAUCGCUUUUUCCCGACUUACUCGGACGAAAGGAUAAUGCCGGUUUUGGACAAGCUGUCUCUGGCGUAUGCCAACAGUCACUGGGCGCCGCCCUGCGCGACCUACCGGGCCUCCGGGGGGGGAGGACAGGUGACCAUUCGGGACCUCUACUCGGCUGAGUUCGUCGGCGCGCACUACCCCCUUUGCAUGAGGGUCAUGCACGUUCACCUGCUGCGUGAGCACCACCUGCGACACCAGGCGAGGAUACAGUACGGGCUGUUCAUCAAGGGCAUCGGGGUCAGCUUGGAAGACAGCCUGGAGUUUUGGCACGGAGAAAUUGUGAAAAAAUACGGUGAAGAGGGCUGGAAAAAAAACGGAUAUGCCUACGUGAUUGAGCACAGUUACGGCCAAAAGGGGAGAAGGCAAAGCUACACGCCGUAUUCGUGUCAGGCCAUCAUUAAGUCAGACGCUCAGGGCGACCAAGUUCACGGGUGUCCGUACAAGCUUGCGAGCACAAAGACGCUGCAAAAAAUUUUUACUGAGUCUGGAAUCGACAUGGAGUCUCAAGAAGAGCUGUUCAGGUUGAGAGAAAAUCGGCAUUACACCAUGGCGUGCAAGCUGUUCUUUAAUCUGACUCACCCCGGUGCGAGAGACUUUGAGAUGAACCAUCCGAACAAGUAUUUCGACGAAAGCGUCCAAUGGGACACGCACGCGAGAAACGAAGGCAAAGAAGUUUGAUCAAUUGUUGAAUUUGGAUAGCUGAGAGAGUCAUAAGUCCUUUUUCUGAAGAGCAUCUCUUAGUUCGGACAUGGUGAUGACGCCCAAGAGAGUGCCGUUGUCGACAACGAAUAUGUUUAUGAUGUGCAGCGUUGCGAACAUAACGUGAACUACACUGAUGGGCGUGUCCGACGCGCACUGAAUCGAGUUUCCGAAUAAAAUGUGAUUGAGCCUCGGCCGCAAUUUGAACUGCAGAUUGUACAGUUCCUCCGACAGAUCGAGGUUGCCGGGCGAGCCGCCGCCUAUGUUUUGUUCUUCGAUCGUAAGUUGGUUGUGGAGCUUCUUGUAGAACGAGUAGAGUCGGUCGAACUGGGUGCUGCCGACAAAGACGUUUUUUUCGUUUUCGACGAUGGGAAUGCUCAAGUUGCGGAUGUUUUCCUUGGACGCGUAGACGUCCAGCAGCUGCUUCAUGUUUUUGAGAGACGUCAUGGUAUACAGCGGACAGAUGUCCACUGACAUGAUGUCUUUGGCGCGUUUGUUGGCGUUGAAGCGCUUGAGGUUCGGAAGGUAGGGCAAGUGGCGAAUGAUGAUGAGCGAGUCGUAGUAGUUGACUGUAAACAUGUGAGAAAUGCCGACAGCGAUCACGACGGAGAGCAAAAUUGGGUAGACGAGCUUCACCUCGCCCGUGAGCUCGAUGAGGAGGAGGGCGGUCGACAUGGUUUGAGUGGUCGAACUGGCGUACGCGCAACAUCCAAUGAUGGAGUAGAUGUGGGGAGAAGAGAUGCCGUUCGGCCAGGCGGCGUGGAGUAUCCUGCCCACGAAGAGUCCCAGGGCGGCGCCGACGGUCAUGUUGGCGGUGUGGACGCCGACGGGAAUGGCGGUCGACGCUAUAAGGAGCAGGAGGACGAACCGGACCGCGGAAAAGUACAGGAGCGCGUAUGUGGAGUGCGCGUGAGUCACGGCGGAGAAGGGCGUAGAGAGAAUAAUGAGGUCUACAUUCGAGAAGUAAGUGAGGGAAUUUUUAAAGUCUAAGUCCAUAAACGGUACAAACGAAUUGGGAAAGAGCAGAAUAUUACACAGAACCCCGACGCCUAUGGUGUAGAAGAAGGGUCCCAAAAUAAACAGCUUCUUCGCGUAGCGACGGCGAAACUGGACAAUCCAGACGUUACAUCGGACGAACAACACGCCAAUUAGGGAGAGAAGGACGGAAAUAAAGGCGAUGAUGAACCAUUCGUAAAAAAAGAGUUGGUACUCUCUGGGAGACGAAUCAAGCAUGAUUGCGGACUCGAGGUAAUGAUGAUGCCAAAAGGUGUUGGUGAAGACUCGAGAGACGAGGGCGGAGCCGAUGGAGGCGACAAACGCUAUCCAGUAGUAAUGCAACGGAUAAUAUAUGCUCGUUACCUCUAUGGAGAACAAGACGCCCCCGAUCGAAGCGCCGUGAUUCACUGAAAUGCCGAUCGCGCAGGCGGCUGAAAGGAGCUGCAUGAGCGUGUUUCGGUCGGCGCCAAGACCCCGGAAAAUUUGCAUGGACGACAGAAAAUUAACGAUGCAGGAAGUCAUAUGGACACACGCGGACUGCUUUCCUAUCAGCGUCACGGAGCAGAUCGCGGAAGUCACGCCCAAGAACUUGGCGACGAAGGUCCUCAUAGACAAGUAGUUUUUGAGGGUCACCCCAGACAAAAUGCACUUCAUCUCAGGCAGACCAGACCCCACUGCGUUCGGCUCGAUCAAAUGCGUUAAGUGAAGUGAAAAAAAGCAAAACGCCGUCUUGUUUAUCACGUAAACGAGAUACCCGAUCCAAAAAUUAUCAGCCAAGUACGUCAAAUACCCAAUCCCUCCCCGGACAUACCAGACGAUCAGAUCAAUCAAAAAAUUGAUGAGAGCCAUGACCAAGGAGGAGACCACCACAAUCAAAACCAUACUUUCGUUUUUGCUGAGCUUGCCCAUGCAAUCGUAGAUCCAUUUUAUCGGGCGAUUGUACCAAUUGUCGGAGGCGGUACUGAACCACGAGCUCUUGGAUUCAGCCUUGUUUUGAACCUCGGUGUCAUCCUCCAAAAUUCUCUUGGCGCGCGUGGCUAGGUUCUGAUAGAAAGAGCCGUAGAUGGUUUGCUCGUAGUCGUAUCUUAUACCCCCUCCUUGCGCGCAAGAAGAAAUUAUUUUUUAUGUCAAAAAAAAAAAAAA